UGGAGUUACUUUGUAGGUGAAUACUUUAUUAUUGUUCUUCUGUACGGGUAAUACCGCGGUUUCCGUCGAAUAGCACCAUUCGUUUUAAAAAUUGAUCUGUAUUUGUAGACAAUAUCCAACUUAUACGAUAAAUUCUUAAGAAGAUCAUGCGUUUCGAAAAUUGGAAUGUUAUCAAAGAAUAUUCAACUUUCACAGCUAAAUAUCGGAAUAGGGUUCCAGCGAUAUGUAAGCGAUAAGGAAACGGGAAGAACGAAGAUCUAUUUUCUUAUAACAAGAAGAUACCCUUUUUUUUAUAAGGAAAGUAGAAAAACUGAAACGAAGUAAAUUGCAAUCGAUUAUUUUCAACUCAAACGAUGGGACGAUUGCAAUCAGUUUGUCUUAAAAGUGCACUCUGGAAAAUUUCUUAUUUAUUCACACAUACUGAUCCGAGUCGUUGUACACUCAUGUAUAAUAAUAUAUAGCAAGCUUCGUGCGCAAGUAUGUUUAUGAAAGUUUGAGUCAUAGGUUAGAGAAAACUUCGUUCUUCCUCAUCGAAUUACAAUAAUAGCGCCUGUGCGAUACUAGCAAUGCAUGUCGAAAGGAAUACAUAUCACUCGUGAUCAAAUGGUCUUCAUGUGCCUCGCGUUACUUUCAAAACGGACAAAUAAGAAGUCUGAUGUCUGUCUUUCCGAUUUCUUUGAAAGUGAACAUAUUCAUCGAGAAGAAUUUCUCUUCUGUCACGUAGUAUAACAAGCUCCCACGAUUCAUUGUGAGUAUCUUGCGAAAUGUCCUCUCGAGGUUGAUACCACGGCGAAUUGCAGACGGCUUGCACGAUAUCGCCCGAUCGAGUCUCGGCUGCGUCGUCAGCGUAAGCGUGAAGCUACAGCUGUAUGAGCAACGUCAUCAUCAGGACGACGCCUUUCAAUGCACUGCCUACGUUGUCACUCGUGUUCAGACAGGCCAGCAGCAAGAAAUCUGCUUUCGUAAUCAAGCUCCCCGAUUCGCGUGAUCCGCCUGAAGAAUCGGUGACGGAGUGGGUGGUGAGUGGGGUCCCACUACGUAAGGAUGCGUGCUCGUCGAUCCCCACUGGAUACUAUUCGAGAGAAUUGAAUGCGAUCCACGAUGCCGGCAUUGUACGUCUGGAAGCGAUGCCGACAGCAGUACUGUGUAUACGUAGUUACACGCAGAUCAAGCAUCUGUCAAACGAAACACGGUACGUAGACGGGAAUUUGUAACCGACUUGGUACGGAAAU